ACACGCACACGCCGGAGUAGCAGGUCGAAAGUCGAAAACGUUACAUUUCACUAAAAUGCCGACGUCCGGGUGUAUUUGGCUGCGAUAAAAAGUGUAACAUAAAUUUUUCGUAAAGAAUAAAGUGCCCAAGUGCCUGUAACAAUCUCUUAUUUUUUAUGUAUUGAUUGGAUACAUAGGGGAGAGAAAUUUGAUGAGGGACAAGUGUCGUUGAGACAUUGCGGUAUCGAAAGGUAAUGGGUAUGGGUCUUAUCAGCGCACUUUCGGGAUGUUGGAGGGGGUCAAUGUGGUUUUAGGGGUUUAAAAGUGCUGAUAACCCUCCCCCGCUCGAUGACAAAGCUGCUACCGGGAGAGCCAUGAACGCGGCUGUGAUUGAAGUCCUCCAACAGGCGAGCAGUCAAGAUCAGAAUGUCUUCAAGCCGGCUGAGCAGAUGCUCAGCGAGUGGGAGACGCAGAGAGGAUUUUAUACAGCACUUUAUAAUGUCUUCUCCAACUACUCGCUAUCGGUGAAUGUCAGGUGGAUGGCAGUGCUCUGUUUUAAGAAUGGAGUGGAUAGAUAUUGGCGGAAGAAUGCUCCAAAUGCAAUCGCUGAAGACGAGAAGGAGUUCCUACGCAGGAGUCUCCUCUCGAGCUUUGAGGAGCCAGUGAACCAAUUAGCCACCCACCUAGCCGUAGUAAUCGGUAAAAUCGCGCGCCUAGACUGCCCCCGAGAAUGGGACAGCCUGAUCCCCACCCUGAUCGACGUAAUCGGUUCCCAAAACUCAAUAGCCCAACACCGUGCCCUCCUGAUCCUCCACCACGUCGUGAAAACCCUGGCCUCAAAGCGCCUCCCCGCCGACAAACAACUCUUCGAUCAACUAACCACCAACAUGUUCAACUUCAUCCUAAACCUCUGGAACACCUUCACGGAGUCCUUCCUGAUCCUCGUCUCCCAGGGUGCCGACGAGUCCCAGAUAUUAGAAGCCCUCGAGAAGGCUCUCCUCCUCCUCCGAAUCCUGCGAAAUCUCCUCGUCAACGGUUUCCCAAACCUCUCAAAAUCAGAAGAUGCCAUGAUGUUCCUAAAAGUCACAUUCUCCCGAGCAAAAGCUGCCCUGGAGUGUAGAAAAACCAUGAUGUGUCGAGAGAUGCAAGUCACCUCCUGCGAGAAAUUCAUAAUUCAAUUGACGAAAGUAAUGCUGGGAGCACUGGAACGUCACCCAACCUGCUACGUCGAGCUCAUCCCCGUGUCCCUAGAAUUCUCAGUCUUCUACUGCUUCACAGAAGCCGGACAGCCCUUCGUCUUCGAGAAGUUCGUCAUCCAGUGUCUCAACAUGAUGAAGGACAUCCUCAUUAAACCGGAUUACAUGAUCCAACGUCUCCGUGGGAUAAUUCAGUACAAAGACCGGGACGGCCCGAAGGACCGCUUAGCCUUUCGAGGAGAGCAGCUCAAGGAAGAGUUUUUCACCCCGGAGAUUCUAAAGGAAAUCAGCUCCUGGCUGGUUACCAGAUACUUCCUACUGACCCCGUCCGAUCUCGAGCUCUGGACCACAGAUCCUGAGAACUACGCAGUUGACGACUCCAGAGACUCCUGGAAAUACAGCCUUCGCCCCUGCGUGGAAACCCUCUUCCUCUCCUUCUUUCCUCAAUUUCGAAAGCACCUCGUCUCUAUUCUAGUGGAACUAAUGCAGAGGUAUCAUCAGCCAGUGGAUCCCAAUGACUUUCACGGCAUGCUCUUGAAGGACGCUGUGUACCACGCCAUCGGCCUCGCAGCUUCCGAUCUCUAUGACGACGUCGACUUCGACACGUGGUUUUCAACGACUUUGAAACAGGAGAUGAAAGUCACCAACAGUAACUACAGAAUCGUCAAGAGACGGGUUUGUUGGCUGAUUGGCAAGUGGAUAGGGGUCAAGUUCAGUGGGGACUUGAGGCCGGAGUUUUACAAGAUGAUGACGGAGGCUCUGGGUCCUGAGGAGGAUCUAGUAGUGAGGAUCGAGGCUAGUGACACUCUCAAACGAGCUCUGGACGACUGGCAAUUCGACCGCGCGGACUUUGGGCCUUACCUAGAAACAUCGUUUACUCUCUUGUUCAAUUUGUUGAGGGAAGCCACCGAAUGCGAUACCAAGAUGCAGGUGCUCUACGUUAUAUCGUUUAUGAUCGAGAGGAUCGGCGAGCACAUCAAGCCGCAUCUUGCAGCUUUCACGAAUUAUCUGCCAUCAUUGUGGCAGAUAUCGGAGGAUCACAACAUGUUGAGGUGUGCCAUCAUCUCGACGCUUGUACAUUAUGAGAAAGCUUUGGGACCUGAGAGUGUCAUACUAGAGCCGGUUAUCGUUGGCAUGAUUGCUCUGAGCUGUGAUAUGAAUCAGGACGCUCAUGUCUAUCUGCUUGAGGAUGGUCUACAGCUGUGGUUGGCUUUGCUGGAGAAUACGCCAGCUGUUACUCCUGGGAUUAUCGAUCUCCUCAGGAAUAUGCCGGCUCUCCUUGAUGGUGAGCUGGAUCAGGUGACUCUCAAGCCGGCUGUCUAUGUCAUUCAGGACUACGUGGUGCUGAGUCCUGAGACCUUUCUCGGGGAAAUCGGUGCUAGUAUUGUUGAGGGAAUCAAAGGGAUCAUGGGGGAUCUCAGGGAGGAGGAUCUCAGGCUGAUUUUUAAUCUGUUGGAGAAGAUAUUGAAGGUUCUGCCUGAGGAAGGGCCACAUAUCAUUAGGCCCCUUUUACCAAGGACUUUUAAUAUUAUUUACGUCAUGGAAGAGUAUAAGAACCCUAGGAUUCUCGAUAAUAGUCUCAAGAUAUUUGCGAGGGUACUUCUAAACUCCAGGGAGGUGUUCUCACAAGUUGUCAGUGAAGUCGCGAGUGAACUUGGGGGUAAUGCCACUAGUGAAACCGUGCUCGGAGGGCUCAUUGAGGUCUGCUUGACUGAUCGUCUUAGGUUGUAUGAGGAUGUUAAGUUGGUUGGACUUGCUCUGUGCUCGCUGCUUAAUAUGAAUAGUCCGGUGGUGGUGUUUCAACAUUUUCCGAGGAUCAUUGGGUUUCUCACGGAUGGGCUCAAUGAUAUUAUGGGGAAUGAGGAUGAUCCGAAACCGGAGGUGGAUAGUCUUGUUUAUGUUAAUCGAUCACCCAGUGAGGACAGUUAUGAGGAUGAGAGGGAGGGGGGGAGGGUUAGGAAGGAGCUGCACAAGAUGAAGAUGGAGGAUAUUGUGCAUACUGUGUGUUUGAGGCAAACACUUGAAAAUCAGCUGAUCGCACUCCGAAGGGAGAUGAGCCAACAUCAAUUCGACCAAAUGAUCGCAUCCCUAGAACCCGACAUUGAUCAGCAGCUCAGGGAAUACAUCACUCUCUGAUUUCCACCGCAUGAAUGAAAACCAAUUUCCGUCGCAAGUAAAAACUCUAACAAAACAAAGUAAAAGAUGAAGUAACGAUUUUCGACUAAUACGAAUGAGAAAAAAAAUUUAACGGAGUUCUGCGAUUUUUUUAACUGUAAUGUAAAGUAAAUAUAGUAAGUGAUAAAAAAAACAAAGGAAAGCUUUUACGAGAGCCGCUGCAUUGUAAAACGGCACUAUUCGAUUGUAUAUUUCCUGUUUCACUGUAAACUAUAAUGUUGAUAAUAAAAACUCGACAAAUGUCAGUGA